AUGCGCAUAAAGACGUCUGAGAAACCCUGCGUCGGAAAGGUGGGAGAACCUGUUGCUGAAAAAACCAAGUUUGGCUGGACUAUAUUGGCACAAGGCAAAGAACUGGACUACGCUGUUAUGUUUCUUUCACAAACAAGCCAAAGCGACUACGAAGAAUUGUGUCGGUUAGAUGUCCUGGGUUUGGCUGACAAACCUGAAAAUGAUCAACAUGAAGUUUAUGCUGAGUUUCAAGAACAGCUUGUGCGAAGUGAAGAAGGGUGGUAUGAAACUGGCCUUCCAUGGAAGGGUAAUCACCCACAACUACAAAGUAAUUAUAAAGGAAGUUUACGAAGACUAGCAAACCUUCAACGCAGAUUGCAUCAGAAGGGGUUGACUAAUUCUUAUUCUGAAAUCAUUGAGCAGCAGAAAGUCGAAGGGAUCGUUGAAGCUGCUAAACAUGAAGCCCGAGGUGUUGAAUUCUAUAUUCCGCAUAAACCAGUGGUCAGAGAAAGAGCAGAAACCACAAAGGUUCGAAUCGUGUACGAUGCCUCUGCCAAAGCCAAUAAUGAAGCUCCAAGUCUGAACCAGUGUUUAAACCCAGGCCCUCCACUCCAGAACAAUCUUUGGAACAUUUUAGUAAGAAUGAGAUUUCAUCCUGUCGCACUGUCUGGAGAUAUUAAACAAGCGUUCCUGCAAGUUCGAAUCAAGGAAGGUGACAGGGAUGCACUACGAUUCCACUGGAGCCCAGAUGCAACUCGUGAAAUUGAAACACUGAGGUUUACAAGAGCGUUGUUCGGGUUAACGUCAUCGCCGUUUCUCCUUGGGGGAGUGAUUGACCAACAUCUCACCUGUUGGGAAAACCGCAGACCAGAAGUGGUAACUGAAUUGUGCAAAAGCCUAUAUGUAGAUGAUCUAGUAAGUGGAACGACAACGAUAGCAAAAGCGCGAGAGUGGAAGAAAGAAGCAAUAGAAAUCUUUAACGAUGCGACGUUUACUCUGCACAAAUGGCACUCGAAUAAGAAGGAGUUAGAAGACAUGAAUUGCAUCACCGAUGAAGAAACCUUUGCAAAGCAACAACUAGGAACACCUACUGAGGAAGAAGCGAGUAUUCUGGGAUUAGGUUGGUCAAAGAAUAAGGACGAGAUAAAGGUCAUAGUUCCUUCAACUGUAGCUACUACAACAAAACGAGGAAUUUUAAGCAAACUGGCUCAGAUCUACGAUCCACUAGGGUUACUGUCGCCAAGAACGUUGCAAGGAAAAUUAAUAUAUCGUGAAGUGUGUGAGAUGAAAUUACCGUGGAUGCACCAUUAUCUGACGAACAAAAGGCUAAAUGGACGAACUGGGAAAACAAUUGCCAAACAAUAUUUCUGUACCUCGUUCAAUCCCCACCUUCCAAGAAGAGAUCGACUCAAUAUCGCUACAUGCGUUUGGAGACGCGAGCGGAAAGGAGUGGCAGCAGUUGUUUAUGCUGUUGUCAAGCAAUCCUCUGGUUCAACACAAGGCAUCAUAACAGCAAAGGCCAGAUUAGCCAAACAAGGAAUAACAAUCCCCAGGUUGGAGUUGGUCUCAGCGCACAUGGCUUGUAACAUUGUGGACAAUGUGCGGAAGGUCCUAAGUGAAUUCCCAGUGGAAGGGACGUAUGCCUGGCUCGACAGUAGCGUGGCACUGCACUGGAUCAAAGGAGGAGGAGAAUAUAAACAGUUUGUGGCCAACAGAGUCCAAAAGAUCCAGUCCAAACAGGGUAUCGAAUGGCGAUAUGUACCAACCGAUCAAAAUCCUGCUGAUGUGGGAAGUCGAGGUGGCACUGUGAAAGAAAACAAGUUGUGGCUGAAUGGACCACAUUGGCUCCAAAACAUCAAUGAGUGA